GGGGUUAUAAAAGUGGCCCGGUGGAGCGAGCGGCAGCAGUUAGACUGCGGCGGCAGGUUGUUGGCUGGCGUCUUGAAGCCUGCUUCUGUAACGUUCUCUACCUCACGCGGCAUGUCGGGGCGCGGCAAGACUGGCGGCAAGGCCCGCGCCAAGGCAAAGUCACGUUCGUCGCGCGCGGGGCUCCAGUUUCCUGUGGGCCGCGUUCACCGGCUGCUGCGGAAGGGCCACUACGCGGAGCGAGUUGGCGCCGGCGCGCCCGUGUACCUGGCCGCAGUGCUCGAGUACCUAACGGCCGAGAUCCUGGAGCUGGCGGGCAACGCGGCCCGCGACAACAAGAAGACGCGGAUUAUCCCCCGCCACUUGCAGCUCGCUAUCCGCAACGACGAGGAGCUCAACAAGCUGCUGGGCGGCGUGACGAUCGCCCAGGGAGGCGUCCUGCCCAACAUCCAGGCCGUGCUGCUGCCCAAGAAGACCAGCGCCACCGUCGGGCCUAAGGCGCCUGCGGGCGGCAAGAAGGCCACGCAGGCCUCUCAGGAGUACUGAGGGCGGCCACGCCAGAGCCGGGCCGCUCCCGGCCUUCCCCAUGCCACCACAAAGGCCCUUUUAAGGGCCACCACAGCCCUCACGGGAAGAGCUGAACCGCGUCUGGUUCCGAGAGCGGCGGACCCCGGCCCGCAGCCUUCAUUCCCGGCGUUCCCCCGUCCCGGGCCCCUACCCCUCACCCCCCACGCCCCCCGGCGUCUCCGCGCGUCCGCUUCCGGCCUCCGCAGCGGCGGGUCUUGCAGGCCCUCGUUUGUUUCAUCUGCGGGGAGGUGGGAAAAACGGACUCCUUAGUGGUAGAAGCACAGGGCUCGCCGGCUCUGCCUUGCUCCGUCACCGCUUCCCCGUCGCUCUCUCGAGCGGCCCCUGCUCUCCAAGGCUAGUUACUCAUCCACCCCUACCAGAAUUGCUGCCGGGCGGCGGUGAGACGCGAGCGCCUCCUGGGAGACUGGCCUCCCGCUCUGCAAUCGCCGCUGCCGGCCGGCCGAGAUGUGCAGCCGGGGCCCGGCGGCCCUGAAGGUGAGUUGGUGCCGAGUGCGGCCGGCAGAGGCCCUCACCGCAGCUGCAGCUUGGUCAUGUUACCUUUCCAGCUUGGUGCUUAGCCCAGUACUUUUCAGACGUGACUGCUGAUUUCCAGGCUUUGAUGGGAGAGAGAUUGAUCACUUGCUCGGGUACGCCCUUUGCUGCCAAGUCACGGGCUUUCCCAUCCGAUCCCUCCAUCUUUAUUCACAGGCCUGUCUGGCGCGGCCUAGGCGAGACAACACUUUGCGAUAAGAACCUGUUUCGCCAGAGAUGACUGCUUCCCAGGAAGAAGUUUGGGGGAGGGGCAGAGGCCUCCAGCUGGGGGUCACAGCUGGCCUGCAUGGACAACAUGUGUGGGUGCCUGAAACAGACUGGCAGCUAGGCCUGUGGGAUGUACCCUCCACCCUGAUUUCGUUUCCAACAAUUCAAUUCAGCAAUGCAAGCACCUCCUAGAUACCAGCACAAGUCAGUUCAUCCCUGUCUGGACUGAGCCUCUGUCGGCUUCUGAACUGGAAUUUUUCAGAUAACCCAUCCAAGACUAGUACCUUAGGUAUUGGGGAGUUUCAGAUGGACUAGUUUUAUUAAAUGAUUUUUUUUUAA